UCAACAUAGUGUAUGUUUUCAGGUGACUUGAUGAAUGAAGACAAUGUGUUAGCGUGGCUGACUAAUAUUGAUUCACUUGAAAUACCGGAUGCCAUAGAGGAAGUGAACGCCAAAGUCCUUCAGAGUAUUAUAGACGAGACAGAAUUUGUGGCCGUUCUCUUCUAUAAGAAUGAUUCGGCAGAAAGCAGCGCAGUUCUUCAUGAUCUGGAGGAGAUAGACGAUGAGGCUGAUAAAGAUGGAAUCGCAUUCGUCAAAGUGAGCGACGAAGUACUGGCCCUGGAAUUCGGAUUAGAGAGCCUGCCUGCUCUUCUCUACUACCGAAAUAAAGUUCCUCUCCUGUAUGACGGAAAUCUCCAUGACGAAAAAGUUGUUUUGAGUUGGCUGGAAGCUCAUAAAGAUUUAGAUUCUGAUGUCAUAGAAGAUGUAUCCAGUAACAUUCUGCCCAAACUGAUAGAAAACACAACGUUUUUAGCCGUCCUCUUCUAUGACGCCACUGAUGCUGAGAGUCAAACGACAUUAUUAGAAUUGGAAGCCAUAGAUGAUGAUGCAAGCAAAAAUGGGAUUCCUUUUGUCAAAAUUUCUGAUCUGGAUGUCGCUGCACAGUAUGGAAUACAGGAUUUUCCUACACUGGUGUACUUUGAAAAAAGGAUGCCCAACUUCUUUCAGGGUGACCUGUCUGACGAAGAAGAAGUUUUGAAAUGGUUGAUUCAUCAGAAAGAAUCGGAUGAGAUUGAAGAUGUCACAAACAAAGUGUUGUCUCAAAUGAUAAAAGCAUCCGAUUUCUUAGCCGUCUUAUUCUACGAUAGUUCCAGUAAUACAAGUCAGACGAUUCUUCAGGAAUUGGAAGGAAUAGAUGACGAUUGUGAUCAGCAUAACAUACCUUUUGUGAAAAUCGAUGACAGUCAAUUGGAAUCCCUUUACGGCAUUAAAAACCCACCCACUCUUGGAUUCUAUAAGAAACAGGUUCCAAAAUUCUAUGAAGGAGAUUUAUCCAAUGAAGAGAAAGUACUGGAAUGGCUCGUAGAACAGAUGAAUAUAGAUGAAAUUGAAGAUAUUUCAGCAACAGUUUUAGCACAAAUGAUAAAGAACACAGACUUUCUAAGUGUACUAUUUUAUGACAAGAACUCUGAGAGAUCAAAGAAAGUGAUUAAAGAGCUUGAGAACAUUGAUGAUGAAGCUGACGAAAGAAAUUUACCCUUCGUCAAGAUAUCCGAUGCUGAAUUGGCUAAAUCGUAUGGAAUUGACGAUGAACUCCCCAUUCUCGUCUACUUUGAGGGUCAGAUUCCCAGCAUAUACAGAGGUGAUUUAAUGAAGGAGGAGGAAGUACUUAAAUGGUUGGUGAAACAGAUGACAACGGAUGAAAUAGAAGAAGUGUCUGAUAAACUCUUGGAUAUAAUGAUCAAAAAACACAAUCAACUCGCCGUUCUCUUCUAUGAUGCCACGUCUGAUACGAAAGUUCUAACUGAACUCGAGAAAAUCGAUGAUGAUGCUGAUGAACAUAAAAUAGUUUUUCUAAAAACAAGUGACCUGGGUGCUGCAGAGAAAUAUGGUUUGGAAUAUCUUCCAGCGUUGGUAUUCUUUUACAACCAGAUGCCAAAUGUCUACAAUGGAGACAUGCGGGAGGAACAAGAAGUUCUGGCUUGGCUGGUGGAACAGUUGACCAAAGACGAAAUUGAAGAUGUCACAGAAAAGAUGCUUCAGAAUUUGGUGGAAACCACUCCAUCCCUUGCAGUCCUCUUCUAUGAUGCUGAUAGUGCUGUGAGUCAGGUGGUAUUGAAAGAACUUGAAAAAAUAGACGAUGACAGUCAAGAAUACAACAUUCCAUUCGUGAAGAUAUCCGAUGAUUCUUUAGCCAAACAGUACGGUUUAAAUGAUGAACUUCCGAUUCUUGUUUACUUUGAAAAUGCUAUUCCAUCAGUAUAUGAAGGUGACCUGACAAAGGAAGGUGAGGUACUUCAGUGGUUGAUUAAGUUGAGCUCUGAAGACAGCAUAGAAGAAGUAACGGAAGAAAUACUAUUAACCCUUGUAAAGGACAAAGGAUAUGUUUUGGCUUUCUUUGCACCAAAUGACUGCACCCCCUGCCAGGAGAUUCUAACCGAAUUAGAGAACAUCGACGACGAAACUGACGCCAACGGAAUCCUACUGGUGACAACUGACGACAUGAAUGUCGCCAAGUUUAAAGCUAACGUCACUCAAUUUCCUGCCCUCAUACUUUUCCGGAAUGAAGAACCUGUGGUAUAUGAAGGCGAUCUGAUGGAUGAAGGAGCCAUUCUCCAAUGGGUGACAAGUAAAGAGGUCCUCCACAGCCCCAAUGCAAUCGAGGAAGUCAACAAGAGAAUGUUGGAGAACAUUCUGAACACUUCUCAUUCUGUAGCUGUCUUCUUCUAUAAGAAAACAAAUUGCAAGCUGUGUGAAGAAGUUCUUCAGCUUUUAGAGAGCAUCGACGGUGAGGCAGAGGAGAAUCACGUGGAUUUCGUGAAGGUGUCCAAUCCUGAAGUGGCAGAGAUUCACAAUGUGACUCAGUUUCCAACCCUCCUCUUCUUUCGCAAAAGAUCUCCUUUCACAUACAUCGGGGAUUUGAAACAACCGGAGGAGAUAUUGAAGUGGUUGAUUGAAAACAGAGAUCGACCUGACAGCGUCAUCGAAGAUGUUGACAGAAAAGUGCUGGAAGUCUUGCUUGAAGAGCAAACAAUUGCCGUCUUCUUUUAUGAUGAAAACUGCACUAUGUGUGAUUCUAUUUUGCAAGAAUUGGAAAAUAUCGACGAUGAUUCGGAUCGAUAUGGAGUUCAGAUGCUGAAGACUGACGACACAGAAUUCGCCGCCGAACUGGGAGUGUCUGUCGUCCCAUCAUUUGUCUACUUCGAAAACAUGAUACCCAGCAUUUACGAUGGUGACCUCAUGAAUGAGAAUGAACUCCUUGAGUGGCUGGUCAUGCAAAAGACAGAAGACACCAUUGAAAACAUAAACAGGGAUAUGCUGUUCCGCAUGAUUGAAGAGCAAGAGUAUUUGGCCAUAUAUUUCUACAAAGAAAAUGACAAAGAAAGUAAAGAUAUUCUGAAACACUUGGAACAGAUUGAUGAUGACUGCAGUGAUUAUGAGGUGCAACUUUUAAAGAUGUCGGAUUUUUUGAUGGCCAAAAAAUACAGAGUCAGGAACCCUCCCGGAUUAGUGUUUUUCCGACAUGGCAACCCUAUUGUUUAUCCAGGUGAUUUGACCGAGGAAGAGGAAGUGCUCGAUUGGCUGACCAGUCCGGAUAACAUGGAGAGUAGUGAUGCUAUUGAGAAGGUAAAUAAAAGAAUGCUGGAACGAGUUCUUCAGAGAUGCGAUUACUUGGCUGUUUUUUUCUAUCGCAAAACGCAUUGUCGCAAAUGUGCAAAAGCUUUGGAGGAGCUGGAGCACAUUGAUGAUGAUGCGGAAGCUGAAGGAAUUCAUUUCGUGAAGAUGGAAGAUGAAAUUUUUGCUCGAACAUUGGGUGUUUAUAACAUGCCUUCUCUCAUAUUCUUCAGGUUCGGCAACACAAAAGAUCCAGUCAUCUAUGCAGGUGAUUUGAAGAAUGGGACAGACAUAUUGGAUUGGCUGAUAACAGAGAAGGAUCCUUCAAGCGACAUGAUUGAAGAAAUGGAUGGUGAUGAAUUGGAAGAACUUAUUGAACAGGCAGAUUAUCUCGCUGUGUUAUUCUAUGAUCCAGAUGUUGAAGAUUGCCCAGCUUGCCUGGAGACUCUGGCUGAUUUAGAGAACAUUGACGACGACACAGAUCGUCAUGGAAUUUUAUUCGUGAAGACAACAGACGACAGCAUUGCAGCAGAUUAUGGCAUCACUAAAUUUCCUGCUUUGAUUUAUUUUGAAAACAACGUUCCAAGUAUUUACAAUGGUGACAUAGCAGCCGAGGAAGAAGUGUUGCAGUGGUUGAUACAUUCCAAGUCAGAAGAUACCAUUGAGGCUGUCAACAAAGACAUGUGUGACAAAUUAAUAGAAAACACGCCCUACCUUGUCGUCAUAUUUUAUAAAGGCCAGAACAAAGCAUCUGAAGCGAUUGUGCAGAGAUUGGAGAACAUCGACAGCUUCACUGAUGAGUACGGCAUUCAGAUGGUGAAGACUCAAGACAAUUCUGUCGCCAGACGUUAUGGUGUGAAACAGUUUCCGGCUCUCAUAUUCUUCCGUAAUGAAAGACCAAUGCAAUAUAAGGGUAAGUUUUAUUUUCUUGAUCACGCAACAGACAUAGUUAUGAUGUUAACAUCGGUAAGAAGUUUGAAGAUAGGAGUACCAGCUCAGGCGCUGUUCACGUCAUCUGACCGGGGUCAAAAUUAUGUGACUUUCCUGCCAUGUUUGUUAAAAUAUAAAAAUGGGACUAGGUGCUUGACCAUGAUUGCAUGGUGUGUAUUAUUAAAAUGCGAUAAAUUGUUAGAGGAACGUUACAAAGUAUUGCAUUUGAGAGAAGGUUCGUCGAGGAUCAAGCGAAGAUGCAUUAAUCGAGUAGGAAAAAAAAUAUUGAAUUUCACCCCCAUUGCCAUAAAUACUAAUAUUUUGAUUUUUCCAGACGAAAAGGAAUGUGAGGUGUGCCUUGACAUCUUAGACGUUCUGGAAGAAAUUGACGAAGAUUGCGACUUGUUCGGCAUCAAGUUUGUGAAAGUGAGCGAUUCAAAUGCAGCAGUAAAGUACGGUGUGCACAGUGUUCCAUACUUGACCUACUUCAGGAAAACAGUGCCGGCUUACUAUGAGGGAUCGUUGCAUGAUGAGGAGAAAGUAUUCAAUUGGUUGACAAGCCUCGACAUGAUUGACAUGAAGAAUGAGAUUGAGGAAGUGAGCAGAAAGAUGCUGGACAAACUUCUGCAGGAAAAUGAUUUCAUUGCAGUCCUCUUCUAUGACGAAGAAUGUUCGGCGUGUGAUCAGGCCCUACAUUCGUUGGAAGAUAUCGAUGAUGAGAUCGAUGAAUUGGAUAUCGUUUUUGUAAAAAUUAAAGAUGCCCGAUAUGCAAUGAGAUAUGGAGUAAAGAACCUCCCCUCACUCACAUACUUCAGAAAAAGAUUUCCAACAGCAUACCGGGGCAAUUUGACUGACACUGCUGAAGUUCUGAACUGGUUAAAGAAGAACAGAUACAGGAACAGAGAGUUGAAUCUGUUCAUGUUCUCCAUCAUAGCCAUGGGGGUCCUCUUCAUCCAGUACACUUUCUUCUUGAAAUUCUGUUUCGCUCCGAUGCUCGAAGAGAAGAAGAGCUAACACCACGUGACAUUUCUGGAAAUGGACAUCUUUUCGCGGCCAUCCUGUUAUUUCAUUGUGUGAUAGGAUUCCAAAACUGCACCCAUUUCACCGCAUUCCUUAUUUCAUCUUCUUCGUGUUAUGCUGAAAUGAUGAAUUCGUUAACAUGCAUAAUAACUGUUCAGCUUAAACUCCAAAAAUGCCGAUUUAUCUGCUGAACGUUUAGCAACUUCAGAAUCCAAAACUGAAGGUUAUCUAUGUUGUAAGCUAAUUAAAUAUUCUCUGCAAACAUUAAUUUGCAAUUGUAAAUCAGAAAAAAUCUCCCGCAUUUUCAAAUAAGCCUGAGACGUCUUAUGCAGCGAUCCCAUAUACGUUUAUGCUUAUUGGAAAAUACCAUCGUUCAAUCGGCUUGAUUUAUUCUAGCAUGCCGUUUGCAAUAAGCUCAGAGAAGUGAAGGCUUACUCCAAAAAGAAUUUAUAAAGGUUCAUUGUAAUAAGCUUAAGCAAAAGUCAGACUAAUUAGAUAAUUCUUCGAAGAUUUUCUAAUUAGCCUAAAGUCAAUCAGGUUGAUGGUAAUAAACCUAAAAAAUACCAGGCAGAUUCGAAAAUAUUGAAGACUUUUCAGAUUAUCGAAAAAUGCAGGUGCUAUUUACAAAAAGCCUACAACGUAUACAACCUUCUCCGAUAAGCCAACGAUAUAUUUUGUUACAUAAUUAUUUCAGUUAUUAGUUGAACUAUAAACAACUUUCAGAAAUUUUUCUGUAACUAUCAGGCUAACUAGAUAUUUGAUUUAAAGGGUAAUAAACUAUCCAAUUUAAACAAGAAGCUAAUUAGUUGGUUAAACAAUACAGAUUUAAAUCAGCAGCCAUUAUUCAGGAAAUACCAUUAUGCAUUGUCGCACCUUACUCAAGUUUUCAGUUAUUUAGUGGCAUAAAUGAAGUUAUUAAAUUAUGUUUUGAAGCAAUGUAAAACUUUUUAUGAUAAUAUAAUAACUACAUUAAUUGUUUAUUAUUAACAGGUUAGAAUUGUUUACUGAAGAAGCUAUAAACAAGUGCCAUCAUUAAUCCUCAAACACAGUUCCUCAGCACUGAUGAGGAUACUUGUUUACUGCCAAUCAAUUGAAAAGACAACGUGCUUUACACAAGAUUUGCACUUGCUUUUUUUUUUAAAUUUGUACGGAUGUUUGCAGUAUCGUAACAGCUGUCUGGCUAAAUAAAUAUUAUAUUGGUACAUCAUGUUUAAAGUGAUGGUACAUGAUGUUUAAAGUGAUCCUAGUUUAAAUUACUGUGAUUAUAAGUCAUCAUGGUUACAUAUUACCAAGAUUUACAAUUGCAACCAGUCAUCAUUACUUGUAAUUAUAACAAGAAACUUCUGCAAGUAGUUAUGAUCACAGGUAAUAAUAACCAUAAAUUCUUGCAAGCAAUCACUAUUGCAUGUAAUCAACACAUAAUCAAGAUACCUAUCAAAAGUAAUUAACAUCUAUGAUUACCAAAAUUAUAAAUCCUAAAUAAUCGUGAUUACAAGCAACAAUAACGUUGGCAAGUUACCAAUCCUGGUUACUUGUAAUCGCUCAUUUUGAUUAAUUGUAAUCACAAUUAUAGUAAUCAUUACUUAUGAAUACAACACGUUUUUUUUUGUUAUUAGUGUGUCAAGUAUAAUAACAAGUCAUUAUGCAUAAUAACCAGAUUUAUCACGUCAGCAUAAACAUCAUGGUUUCUUUUCGGUCUUUCCAAAUUGCCUGGUAAAUUAAAAUUGUACGCGAUACGCUUUUUAAAAUUAAAUCAGUCUAAAUUUUCAAACAUUUUAUUUGGAUUUUUUGACAGCCAGUUUAAUCUACUUCAAAAAAAUGAUAAAUUUAACCAGACCACUCUGCUUCCGGCAAUCAAAAAGGUUUUGAUAUUUUCAGUUUGUCUUCCUCUUGUUUGAUUUCAAUAGCGUUUCUCCUCACUUAAAUAUUAGUUCAUGGUUAAUAAUGUGCCUUUUUUUCUUCAUUUAUAACAACAAGCAUUUUAAAAAUAUAUAUUAGAAAGGGUCAUUACGUACAGGCGGAUAUAGCUCAAAAUUUGAAUUUUACUACUUUUCAUUGGCAGUUGUAGCAUUUUCAACAUUGCCACUUUUUUAAAAACAAAUUUAAAAACAACUGUUGAUAAUCAUAAUGUAAGGUAUCUCUUUUAAAAGUACUUCUCAAAAUAGGGUAAGUAUUACAAAGUUCAUUUCAAAAAUGAAGAAAAAUUAUAUAAAAAAGUGCGAAAUAAAGUAAUUUUUAGACUAAUAUAGAACAUUAAUGAUAAUUCCAAAUAUGUAUUAAAAAAAUUAUGAAAUGAAUAUGUGGUGCAUUUCCGGUGAAAACAUAAUGGAGAACGAGUGGCGACUGUCAGACAAUUUUUUAAUCGCCACUUGUUAUAUUUUAUAGUACUAUGGCGGGUGAAGAACAUUCAUUUUGCCUUAUAUACUGGCUAAAUCUCGUUGCUGUUUCAAGCCAACCAACUUUUCUUAGAAUUUCUAAGUGUUGGUUGAAAGUGCCAUCCUAAAUUCAUCCAUAAUAAUAAUUCUACAAGCCUGUAACGUUAAAAUAACAGCCAUGUCAAAAACUAGUUUUCCAAAUAACAAAUUAAUUUUGGAAAAGUUCUAAAAAAAGAUACUUCAAAGCAACGAGCAAGUAACAUUUUCUAAUGAACGUAACCAAAUAAAAUAUGCAUUACGUUUAAAUAAGGCUUUGUAACAUUUUUAUACCUCAAAAUUUAUUUUAUGAAAACUCUAAAAAAACAUUUAUGUUAAAUUAACGGUCAUUUUGUUAAGCUAUUUCUUAAACAUAUUAUUAAAAACCAAUAUAUUGCAAUAAUAGUCAUUUUGUAACAACGUUUUCUAAAUAUAAAAAAAAUUUACUCUUGGGACACUUUCGAAUAACCAUUACACUAAAAUGAAUGGAUGUAUGAAUGGGUCCGGGAGUGGCAGAAGUCGAAUUCUUGGCCAUAGAACAAGAACAAUCGCACCCCCUAGUCUUAAUGGCCUACGAUAACAACGAAAAUACUGGAAUCUUCAUACUUCUGUCCUUUGUAAUUUGCUAAAGAAACACAUGAUGCACGACUUCGCUGAAUCUUUAUCAUUCAUCAUUUUCUAAUGUCUUCAUUUGUCUUAUUUAUUUAUUGUAUUAUCUGUGAAAAUGUAAAUAUUUUUUGCUCUGAAACUGAUCAAAUAAAUAUUUGUUAUACACAGAGCACCCUUUUGGACUUCUAAAAUGACUGGUGUUUUGUUUUCAUUUUUGUUUAUUAUCUAUCAUAAUUUUUUUUUGCAAUAGCAUUCUAAAAUAUCAAAA